AGCAAGGAAGACUUGCUAGUCAGCCUGAAGACUGUCUCAAGUAAUCAUAGAUGUCACCUUGAGCGCCAAGGUCUUCUUUACCGUCCCUUUCCACCAUGGCAGCAAGAUCCGCGGGAUAUAUACGUUUACACAAUGGCACCAUGAUGCAUCCGGAGAACCAGUCUUCUAAAGACCCAGCAGAGGUGGCGUCGAGGACCCGGCUGGAGCAGACGCAGCAGCAGGUCAAUGAAGUAGUGGACAUAAUGAAAACCAACGUGGAGCGCAUCAUAGAGAGAGAAGAUAAACUCAACGAGCUGGACGUGCGUGCCAAUAACCUCACUAUGAGUGCUUCAGAGUUCCAGACAACCUCACGCAAACUGAAGAGGAAGUACUGGUGGAAGAACCUAAAAAUGAUGCUUAUACUAGGCUGUGUUAUAGUCUUGGUCAUAGUAGUGAUCAUCGUGGCUACUGUGGGUAUCCCAAGCAGCAACAGUGGUGGUGACACUACUACAACUACACCUAAACCAGUUAAUGCCUCGCAUGCAAUUAAGACCAGAGCUAUUAUGUAUUGACAGGGAGAAUAGGGUUGAAGUGUACUAGAGUAAAAUUAUCACAGUAUGCAUUACUUGUGCCUUGAAUUAUAUUAAAGGGAUAUUAGAAUAAUUAAGUUGAUUUUGAGAUUUUGACAAAUUUAAGAUUAUAGUUUGCAUGAUUUAUAUUAGACCGUAAAAGAACAUUGUACUUUCUUUCCUAAAUUUGACGAACUUUCUAUUUUGUCACAUUUAAGGGGAGCUCUACUCUUAGCUAUGCAGUUCCUGGGAGAAUGGCAGGCAGUCAGAUUCUAAGGGGAGGACUGGCCCAAUUAAAUUAGUGAUGCUCACCAGGAUUAAGGGAUCUCCUAUUACGUUAAAUCACAAAUGAAGUUUUGAGGACAAUGUCACAGCCCUUGUUAGCGAACUUAGUGGCAGGAUGACAGCAUUUUGUAUAAAAAUAACUGGGAACUUUAAAAUGUACGAAGCCUUUGAUCUGUGUGUGUAAGCCACCUGCGCCUCCGUACAUUGAUCAAAGCGGCAGCUGUUGCCACAGCCACCUAUUCAAGGAGUUUGAGAGGUUUGCAUACUUAAUUUAGGAUGAAAUAAAUAUGUUUAGGAAUUUAUUAGAUUAGGUUCGUCAGGAAACAGGAAAAGUGUUUCCUGACGCGAGUCUUAGAUGAUGACCCGCCGUUGGAGCUUUUGGUCAUUUGACAGAGGCCUUCCGCUGGCUUACCGGUCCACCCAUUUAAAAAUUAGUUAUAACCAUCCAAUAGGAAUUUAUUAAGGUAAGGUAUAAAGUAAUAAUUCAUAGGUAAUUCGUGGAUUCAGGACAGUUGGACUGGUCUAAAUAGUACUACUUGGAUCAGACCGGACCAGACAGUACCGUAUACGGAGUACUAAGGCACGUGCAACAUUCGGGUUCAGCGCUUCUCCCAUGAAUGUAAUAGGUUUGUAUUUACUAGGCAACUUACCAUAUUGUAUUUAGGAGUAAAGUGGUCAUACAGCACCUGCAGAAAUGGGAGGCAAUCAGGUCCAUUCAUUCCCUGGCAUCAAGAGCCCCUCAAAGGACCUUCCCUGAGAUGGUUAGCAUAGCAAGGUGUGUGUGUGUGUGUGUGUGUGUGUGUGUGUGUGUGUGUGUGUGUGUGUGUACUCGCCUAUUUGUGGUUGCAGGGGUCGAUUCUUAGCUUCUGGCCCUGUGUGUGUGUGUGUGUGUGUGUGUGUGUGAGAGAAUUAUAGUAUGUAAUCUUAUUUACUAAAAUUUCAUUAAGGCUUUCCGUACUUUAUUAAAAAAAUGUACAUGGUUUACCAAAUAAGUUAUUUAUAGCUGACUAAGCAGUCCCAAGUUAGCUUAAUAGUUCGUAUUUAUUUUUUAACUGUCAAUGAUAGGUUUUGGUGUAUUUAGGACGUUACUGAAUAUUUAUAUAGGAAGGUUACGUGGUUUAAGGCCUCGUUGAGGCCUUAAACCACCUGGCCAAGCAACUUGCAUAUUAUAUCCGGUUUGAGCUAGAAAUUAAGGUGAAUUUCUUCGUUAAUUAGGUUUGGUCCUACCAGAGGUCGCAGAGGGUGUCUUGUUGCUGGUAAGGCUGCGUAACUGUAAAAGUUCAGAUUUUUAUUAAUUAUUGUUAGGUUAUCAGCUUAGAUAUCCGCUGGAGGCUGUGUACUACCAGUCCCUAGACUGCUAGGACCUGGCUUUUCGGAUUAGGGAGAAUUUUUGGUCUUUUAAUUAGUGAACUCUAGUUCACCUAAAUAGUUAGCACCUUAAUUGCUCUUAAUGUUAUUUUAGUUGACUGCCCCCCCCCCUCGUCUCACACACAUCUGAAGAGGCCCCAGUCACAUACUCUGAGAAGUGUUAACAGUUCACUACAGUAACAGCCUAGUAGGGCACGCAAUCUUCAUACAUGUGCACGCAUAAGUUAUGACUACCUUCCGUGCCAGAAGCCCAGCCUUGGCAUUAAAUUAUACCACCACCUCUGCACUAUGAUUAUGGGUUCAGCUUUUCUUUGUCAAUAAGCAUCUAGUCUUCUUACAUAUCGCUUGAUUUACAGAGUUCACGUGCUACUUGAACUUUAGUGUGGCGUUGAUACUUGUAGUAAUUAGAAACUAACAUGUUUUGCCUUAGUUUAAUCUGAUCAGCCUUUAAAAAGCCCCCUGAGCAGACUAAACAUUACAUUUUAAAUUGCUUGUGUCAGCAACACUAGACGGUAUUCCCAUUACCAUCUAAUUACAGAACUAAUGUACAUUGGGUGGUAUAAUGAAAAUAGGAAAAUAUUACCCAGAAGUGGAAAGUUUGAUAACACUGACGUUGCUGCUACUCUAAAAAUUCUGUAAUAGGUUUUCCUACUAAUAAAGGUAUUUCACAGCG